AUAUGAAACCGAGAAACUCGCCAUGUAUAGGCGUGAAAUGCCGGUUGGAGAACCUGUCCAGGGAUUACUGCUCCAGCAACAUGAAUAUAACGUCUUCAUUGUGUUUCCAGCCGAGUCGGUGCCUCAAAGUUCUUACGGCUACUUGGCACCCCCAGCACCCAACCCAUUCUGUGAAAGGUACAGGACCCAGUUGAAGAUACAAGACGUGAUCAGUGAAGCUGGUCGAAGUUGCGGCAGCAAGCUGAACUGUCUGUGUGGCAACUGCUGCAAUCCUCAUCCCAAGCUGCCUCACCAGGACCACCACCCCAUGCUCAGGCUCUUCCUUCACUUCUUGUCUCAAAAAAACUUCUCUCACGCUAAGAAGGAUGUUGUUCUCAGGAUGCUUCUGGAACAAAAAUUUUCAAAAUUGGUCGAAAAAAUUACAAAUACAAAGAAGCAGGAAAAAAUGUUCCAAGAUACACAAGCUGUCCUGCGCCAAGAACAACCCCAAAAUUUCCCCUUGCUAGCAUGAAGACUUGUUGAGCAUAUUGCCCUUCUUAAGAGGCUCAGCCUGUAUCUUGGAGAUAAGGGCCAGCCUAUAGCUGGAUCAGUGGCAGGCUUCAACUAGAUUACUGCUAACUUACAACUAGAUUAGUGUCAGGCUAUAACUAGAUUAGCGCCAGGCUACAACUGGAUCAGUGCCGCGCUAUAGCUAGAUUAGUGCCAGGCUAAAACUGGAUCAGUGUCAGGUUACAACUGGAUCAGCGCCAGGUUUCAACUGGAUCAGCGCCAGUCUACAACUGGAUCAGUGCCAGGGAACAACUGGAGCAGUGCCAGGGUACAACUGGAUCAGUGCCAGGGUACAACUGGAUCAGUGCCAGGGUACAACUGGAGCAGUGCCAGGGUACAACUGGAUCAGUGCCAGGCUACAACUGGAUCAGCGCCAGGCUACAACUAUAUAAUUACCAGUUAACAUAAUACUAGAGACUCCCCCAAGGCGUCGAUAUGUGGUGAACACUAGGCUCACCUCAUUCUCUGGUGAAAGGAAUGUUAUGGAGGAGAAAGAGAACAUAUUCUAUAUGGCGAUUUCCAUUCUUGAAUUGUAUCACAUUCUUCUUUGCACACACACACACACACACAGUUCACAUUAAAUAUUAAUACUGUACAGUAAUUUAAAUAAACUUAUACAGUGUGUACUGUAUAUACAGUAUAUCAAACAUUUCAGGAAAAAUUGCCAAAUAGUGAUUUCUUAGAAAUAUAUACGUACAGUAUAUACAGUAUGUAUUUCUUAUGUAUGCAUGGGAACAAUCAUGUAAAUAAUCAUAAUAUAAAUUACUGUAUAAAUGAAUAGAAUCCAUAAUAAUUAUAGUAAUAUGUCCUAAGCUAAGCUAAGCGAAGCUAAUCUAAGCUAUUUUGAGGAGAGAUGUGUAUUGUCCAGAUAACAAACUUUCAUUUAAGAAACACUCACCUUGAUAAUAUUUUGUCAAUUUUUGGGGAAACAACUUUAAAGUUUUCGCUGUUUAGCAAAUUAGUCCAUUGCUCCGUCAGGUUUAAUCAACCCAUUAAUACUAAAACGCAAGAUAUGUUCUUUUUGUGAUGUAAAUUUCAAGAAAUUGAAAGCAAAAUAUCAAAUUCUUUUUUUGUUAUUACUGUAUUAGAAGAAGUAGCAGUAUUACAAUAGUAAUGUUAAUAGUAGUAGUAAUAAUAAUAGUAAUACCUGCAGUAGUAGUAGUAGUAGUAGUAGUACAGUUCCUGUAGUAAUAGCAGUAAUAGUAGUACCUGUAGUAAUAGCAGUAAUAGUAGUACCUGUAGUAGUUUUUUUGUCAUUACAAUAUCUUGGUAGCAAUCUUUAAAACUCGAGAAGCAAUCGUUCAUAAUCUUGGUACAGAUCAUGGGCAGAAACAGAUCAAGUUUGUUCCAUGGAAGUUUUCUUCUAUAAGAGAGUGAAAAAAGUAUACCUUGUUAAAUGUAUCUAA